UUAUGUGAUCUUAGAUACUCCUGGCCAAAUCGAGAUCUUCACCUGGUCUGCCAGUGGAUCCAUUAUCACUGACGCCGUUGCCUCCUCCAUUCCUGCCGUGGUCGCAUAUAUUAUCGACACACCCCGGACAACAGCGCCUGCGACGUUCAUGUCCAACAUGCUCUAUGCCUGCAGCAUCCUCUACAAGACCAAGCUACCUUUCAUUCUUGUCUUCAAUAAAACAGAUGUGCAACCCCACGAAUUCGCGCUGGAUUGGAUGCACGACUUUGAGACGUUCCAAGCCGCUCUGGCCUCUCACGAUGGGACUCGUGACUCUGAGGGAGAGCCCACAUACAUGAACAGCCUGAUGAACAGCAUGAGUCUGGUGCUAGACGAGUUUUACAAACAUCUGAAGGCCGUGGGUGUUUCAAGCAUGACUGGCGCUGGUAUCAAAGAAUUCUUCGACGCCGUCGAUGCAUCCCGAACAGAAUAUGAAAAGGAAUAUCUCCCGGAACUCCAGCGUGCCAGGCAAGCCCGGGAGCAGUCUCUCCAAGCCGUCAAAGACGACUCGAUGAAUCGCAUGAUGAAGGAUCUCGCUGUCGACAGGGCGGCAAAUCCCGAGGCCUUUGCUAACGACCGAUGGGACGAGGAUGACAACGAGGACCAGGACGAGCCCGAGAUGAAUAUAGUCGAUCGCAGUGAGUCGAACAGCGCUCGUUGUAUUCCACCAUCUCAGCUCGGCUCAGGUGAUGAUGCAUAUCCUGGAGAGUAUAUCGAUUUGACAAGGCCAAGACGGCAAGAGGAGAACAUCCACUGGCCCCGUCCUACCUAGAUCUGCUGUAUUGUAGCCCAUCUUGUAUCAAUUACACCCGUAUUUUGCUGUGUCACGUCACGGGACGGCUGAUGACCCUGAUCAACUGUGGCUGUGUCUCGCAACUAAACACCGACCCUCAAGACCCUCAGCGCUUCAAGCUCGCAAGCAUCGUCUCUCGCUCAAGACCCGCGUUUUACGUGUUGCUGUACGACAUCGAUACAAGGCAAAUCCGCCCAGUAAAGAACAUGGAAAG